GAGGGAUGUUGGCAGUUCGCUACUCGUCGCAAGAAAGAUUGUGUUAAUUGUGGCUACGGAAAAGGGAAAUGGAUGGAGAGUCCUCCCUCUACAUGUGUCCCUGCUACAAACUCUUCCAGUCGCUCGAGGAGGUGCUUGUUCAUCAACUCACCUGUCAGACUGCCAACAAUGCCAUAGCUCCCCCUCCUGCACAGGCUGAGGCUGCUGAAUUGUAUGCAAAUGCUCCCGCCGGACAGUCCCUGCCCGCUGGCCCGGUCCAGGCUGGUCCUGAUCCACAUCACCAGGCCCUGGACAGCCUGUCGGCUAUUGUUCCAGAUCAGGCGCCGGGCCAGCGCCGUCCCCCGGUGCUGCCGCCCGGCUCAGCGGCGGCGGUGGACGCAGCCAAGCUCAACGGCCUGCUGCUGGGCACGCGGCCUCCCCCGAGGAGGGCCCUACCGCGGCAGGCCAGUCAGGCCGGCCUGUCCAGCACACCUGCGACCGCCCCGCUGAUUCGCUACCAGUGCGGCGAGUGCGGGCUCCUGUUCGAGUCGCUCCCCCUGUGGCAGCGGCACAACAAGCUGGGCCAGUGCGGCCAGGAGGCUAGGAAAGGGCCAGUAACGGAGGAGAAGCCGGCGGAGGGAGAGAGAGAGUGCGAGAAGAAGGAGGUGGAGAAGGAGAAGAGCGAGAGUGUCCACAUGGCUGAACCUGAGCCCCCUAUGAAGAUCGAAAGGAUGGAAGAAGGGGAUGAGGAAAAGGUCGAGGUGUCACAGUGCAGUGAGAAAUUGGCGACCUUUGACCAUUCCUACCAGGGGAUAGAGGCGGGGGGAGAAGGGAGCUCUAAGGAUGAGGUUCCGAGUUCCUCUAAACAUGGUUCCGAGUCAUCCCCCUCGACCUCUGCGGAGACCCACGUCUCUUCCCCCUCGGAGGAGAUGAGUCUGGACCGGACAUUCCUGUGCGUGUGCUGCGGGGCAGCCCUGGGCUCCCUGGAGGCUCUGGCCAGCCACCGCAAGGCCCGCCACGGCCUGGAGGGGGCGCUGCACUGCUGCCAGGUCUGCGGGAAGGAGUUCAUGAACACCACACUCUUCCUCUACCACCAGCGGCAGCACCGGCAGCAGGGUCCGGCGCAGUCCACUGAGGCAUCCCCAGCACGGGCUGGACUGGUCAGCCAAAAGUCUACCCCCCAAAUGAAGUCAGAAGCAGUGGGAGAAGGGGCAGUUAGAACCACGGAAACUGUGACUGAUUCAGCUGUCGUCCAUCCCCAUCCUAUUGGUCCUGUCUUCACGCUGUCUGCCAGCGUGGAGCCAUGCCCCCACUGCGGCCAGACCUUCAAGCGCCGGUGCCACCUGCGCGCCCACCUGCAGUCCCACUCGGGCCACAAGCCGCACCACUGCGACCUCUGCCCCAAGGUCUUCGCCUACAAGAGCAAUCUGGGCCGCCACCGGCACACGCACAGCGGCACCGCCGACGCCGGCUCCGACGAACGCCCCCACGUGUGCGAGCGCUGCGGCCGUGGUUUCGCGCACGCCGGCUCGCUCAAGCAGCACGCGCUGCUCCACGAGCGGCAGGACGCCCGGCAACAGGCGCAGCCUGGACAGGAGGGGGCCCCUCGGCCAUAUGCCUGCGCUGACUGCCCGGCCAGUUUCCGCACGCAAGCACAACUGCAGGUGCACAGCUACAAGCACACUGGCAACUACCCUUUCUCCUGCUCCGUGUGUGGCCAGUCCUUUCUGCGCAAGAAGAGGCUGGAGCUGCAUUCCCUCAUACACCAAGGCAAGCAGCCCGUUCCCUGCCCCCGCUGCCCCGAGCUGUUCCUCGGUCAGUCUGAGCUGGACGCCCACCUGCCCAUCUGCCCGCGCAAGACGCACCCGGCGGGCACGGCCGGCGCCGAGGAGGACGAAGCGACAGGGAGGCGCGUGCGGCGCCGCCGCCGGGGCCAGUUGACCUGCGACCUCUGCGGUCACCGCUGCGUCACGCAGCAAGGCCUGGACCUGCACCGGCUGGCGCACGCCGGACUCACGCCGCUGCGUUGCCCGCGCCCGCCCUGCCGCCAGCGCUUCGCCACCGAGGCCGCGCUCCAGGAGCACCUGCUGGUCCACGACGCCUCGUCCGCCGACGCCGAAGACGAAACGUCCGCCAACAACGCCGGCCCUGCCGUGAAGCCGCGGCCAUACCACUGCAAGGACUGCGGCAAGGACUUCACCACGGCCUCCUCGCUCAGCGUGCACCUCCGCAUCCACACUGGGGAGCGGCCCUUUCAGUGCCCCCAGUGUGGUAAGCGCUUCCGUCAGAUUCCACACCUGCGCGACCACGAGCGGCUGCACAGCGAUGAGCGUCCGUUCGUGUGCAGCGUGUGCGGGCGCAGCUUCGUGCUGGCGGCACGCCUGGCGGAGCACGCGCGCACCCACAGCGGCGACAAGCCCUACUCGUGCCCGCUGUGCCCACGCACCUUCCGCUCCCUGUCCAACCUGGGCAAGCACCGCAAGACCCACGCCGGCCACCACCGCCAGCUGCCGCAUCCACCCUCCCCAGCAAACUCGCCCAUCGGGUGGGCACGACCAGCGGCGGGGUGGUGGCGGUGCCCCAGGGCGAGACCCAGGCCCUGGUCCUCCCGGCCAUGGGCGAGGGCCAGGCGGCGGUGCACACCAUCCUGCUGCUCCACGCGCAGCCGGGCUCGGCCCCAGCGUUCGCCGCUCUUCCUCUGGGGGAGUCGGUGUUGUCCGGCGCGCCCUCCUCCUCCCCCGGCCCUCUCCUCCCCAUCGCCCUCACCCUCCGCUCCCCUGGUGCUCAUGCACCCGUCGGUUGCCCUGGACGACGGGCAUCCCGGGCAGCUGGGCCCUGUCGUGUCACAUGCCAUCGAGGUCAUCGUCACAGAGACGGGCGAGUAGAGAGAGAGAGAGAGAGAGAGAGAGAGAGAG